AUGAUAAUGGAAGACUCAAAUUGGAGUUCCCAAACCAAUUGGACCCUAUCCUCCGGCACUCUCCAUAACUGCCUCACCUUCCAAACGUCUCUCUCUUUCGGCGCUGACAACGAAUCCACCACCACCGUCGAAUCUCAUCCUCUUCUCCUACACUCCCCCUCACCGGAUUCCACCCCUUGCGAAAUCACCAUUAAUUUUGCAGAGAAGCACGAGCUGAGACAAAUCUACGUUCGAAGCACUGCGCGAGUGUAUGAGAUUUACACCGCGCUUGAUUUGAAAUCCAGUAAUGAGUAUUUAUGUACGGUUCGUUGUGGUGUCGCUUUUAGAGACGGCCAGGUUCUUCGUUCUCGUUGUGUUAACGAUGUUGAUUCUCUGUGUGAUGAAAAUGUUAGAAGUGAAGAUGAUUGGGUUGAAGUUAAAGCUGUUGAUGCUACUUCGCAUGCAAAACCCUAUAUCAACUUGACAAAUACCGCUCAGGAUCUUUAUGAAGCUACAGCUGAGAUCAAUGACGUGAAUCCUUGCAUUUCUGUCACGCUUCGUCUACUCUCACUUCAGACUAAAGGCAGUAUUUGUGUGGAUGAGAUUUAUGUAUUUGGCGAUCCUGUUGAUUCAGAAAUCCAAGAAAGCCAUAAUGAAAACUCAUCCAGCAGUUCUCUCAUGGCUAUGCUUUUGCCCACUUUAAUGCAAGUAUCCAAAACAACUGGUCGCAGUAGUCUAAAUGAUGUUAGAAAGGACAAAGAAUUUGUUUUGGAAGAUGCUAUGAAGGAAACCCCCCACCCUAGUGGUUCUGUGAUAGAAAAUCAGCUGAAAGGGAAAAAUUGCAUAACUGAUCCUCAUGAAAUUGAGCUGAAAGAGGUGAAAAGAAGUUCAGUUAGUCAGUCCCAGCCAGAAAAAUUCUCUAAAACUGCUAAAAUGGAGAGUGACCAUCUUGCUAUGCCCUCUCAAACUGCUCAAAUGGACAGCAAUUGCAAAGAUAUGACCUCAAAAGUUGCUGAAAUGGAGGACCACUCCCGUGCUGUUCCCUCUAAAGGUGAUUUUUCAGGGGGCAAUGUUGAAAGAGCAUUGGAAAAGCUUAUGUCACGAAUGGACAGGAUAGAAGAAAUCUGUUUGGGGUUUCAAGAGAAAAUGGUAAUGCCAAUGAACAGCAUUGAGGCUCGACUCCAGCGAGUUGAGCAGCAGCUUGAGACACUGUCUAUGAAAUGGCAAAACCCUGAAAGGCCAUCAUGUUAUAGAAUAUCUGCUCCUGAUGCAUCUUGUAUUGAAUCAGAUACCCACUCUUGUGAAGAUUGUCUUGAUUGUACUGUCAUUGGAGAAAUUGAGUCUGAUAAGAAAUCUUUACAUACAGAGGUACUAAAUGUAUUUCCUCAAGAUGACUCUCCUCAAAGGAUGUCUGAUUCAGAACAUACGACUCAAUUGCUCCCAGGUCUUGUAGUUACAGCCCCAGAGUUUUCUGAGGUCGAGGAUGAAGAUGAUAAUGCAUCAGAACAAGAAAUGAGUCCUUCGAAUGAUAAAGCAAAGCUGUCAAUCGAUGACGCUUUAUCUUCCGCAUUAGCUAAUUUUUUGUCGUCUUCUCUGUCAUCAGAGCUUACAAAGCAUACCAAAAGUCUACAUGUUAAAACUCCUGAGUUUUCAAACGAAGAUGAUGACCAAGAGAGCAAUAACGAGCCAGUGAACAGUGACUCAGUUUGUCCCACAGACAGUGGCAAAUUUAUCCCCUUCCAAGUAGCUUCUUUUGAAAAGGGAGAGAAAGUAAAAAAUGAUCCUAAUGAUAAGAACUCUGAAGAGACUGCCAAAGUAAAAAAUGAUCCUAAUGAUAAGAACUCUGAAGAGACUGCCGAGGAAGCUGAACAACGGGAUUUAUUUUGCAAAGCACAAGGAGAUAGAGACGAAGUGUGUAUUGACAGGAUAUCAGCUGAACCUAGUCUAAGAAUUGAAGACAACAAAACAUCAGCUGAAUUUAGUCUAAGAAUUGAAGACAACAAAAAUGGGAAAAUCACUAGUGAACAAAAUGAUGUAAUCUUGUCCAAUAUAAGUGAUAUUCCAAAUGAGGUUGUUGAUAGUCAGACCCCUAGCGAUUAUAGAGCCAAAGCCCCAAAAAACACCUUCCAUGAUUACAUCAUAGAGAAUGUUCUUGGAUUUUCACUUUCUUCACCAGUAGUAGAUUUUGAAAUUCCACUAUUGGAUGUGAAAUUCAUUUCUCAUACAAGUCCUAUUCCUGAUGGUUUCCUUGAAUCCUUACUUUUUGAGACACCACAAACCAGCUCAAGAGAUCCAUCCGUCGAGGAAAGCAUUGGGGAUAUUUCCAUUGACGACCAAGUAGCCAAAUUCUUAGAAUGUGAGACACCAGAAACCAACUCAGAGUCAGGAGAUCUAUCUAUUCCCCUUGAUGACCUAUUCAAAGUCUUAGAUGAGACGCCAGAAACCAACUCAAGAGAUCCAUCUGUCAAUGAAAACAUUGAGAAUCUUUCCAUUACGGACCUACUAGACAGUUUUUUCUUUGAAAGCAGUUUUGGUAAGAUAUUUGAAACCGUUAAGGAAAGCAAUGAGGGUGUUUCCAUUAAGGACCAACGAAAAGACAACAGUGAUCUCUCCAUUGAGGAGCACACGAACUUGAUUUCAGUCAACGAAUGUGAACCAGUGAAUCCAUCUAGCAGUACCCAUUUUGUGCAGGUUGAAGAUUUGUCUACUUCAUUAAUAGAACCUGUGAACAUUGAGGGUGGUGCUCUGGCUGAAGAUCAUAAACGCAAGCGUGAUCCUAGUGAUUGGAGUCCUGAUACAUUUCAUAGACCUUGA